AUGUAUGGUCGUCAACUAACCCAUGAAACCCUGGUAACUAAUCCCGAGACAGUGGAGGGAAUGCUUGGAAGCCUAGGUGAUUUACUCAUGCUUUUGAAUGUAUCAUCAGCCAAGGGUGUUCUGUUAACAACCUAUGGCAAGUUGCAACCACCUCUUGGAAAACACAGACUAAAGAUUGUAGAGUUGAUUUCAGUCUUACUUACAGUCGGUAGUGAAGCAGCGGAGAAGGAAGUAAUUCGACUUGGAGUGGUGAAAAGAGUGCUGGACUUGUUCUUCGAGUAUCCCUACAACAACUUUUUACAUCAUCAUGUGGAGAAUGUAAUUCUCUCAUGUUUGGAGAGAAAAAACUCUCAGCUUCUUGACCAUCUUCUCAGCGAGUGCAAUCUUAUUGGGAGUAUACUAGAGGCAGAAAAAAACUCCAUAUUAAGUGAUACUGAUUCUGAUAAGUCCCGGCAGAGGGUAGAUAGCCACUCAGAAUUGGAAGCAUCGGAAAAUAGCAAUUGGGUGGACUGGCAGACGGAUGUCCUGUCAAAGCGUAAUACGUUGGAAAAUGUUUACUCUUGGGCCUGCGGGAGGCCAACUUCACUCCUUGAUCGCAAUAGAGAUAGCGAUGACGAUGAUUACCACGAUAGAGACUAUGAUGUGGCAGCCCUAGCAAACAACUUGAGCCAGGCCUUUAAAUAUGGCAUUUACAGCAACGAUGACAUGGAUGAGGCCCAAGGCUCGAUGGAACGAGAUGAUGAGGAUGUCUACUUUGAUGAUGAAUCUGUAGAAGUCGUCAUAUCUUCCUUGCGCCUUGGAGAUGAUCAGGAGAGCGGUUGUCUCUUCACAGAUUCAAACUGGUUUGCUUUCGAUGAUGAAAAAGCUACAAAUGAGCGCUCAGUGAACUCAAUCGCUUCCCCAUCACCCGAUGCUGAUAAGGAUGGUGAUGAUAAUGUUGUCGUCAUAGGUGAAGCCGAUGACUUCAAGGACACUGUCAUCUCUGACCCCUGUUGA